AUGUCUGUUACUUGGCCAGAGCAGUACGCUCUUUCCAGCUCUACACAUGUCCCAAACAACAUCUUACCAGCUCUGAUAUAUCGAGAUGUUCUCCCUGUUCCGGUGAACCCUGAACUUUCAAAGCGUCUUUGUGAGCGGAAUGGCUGGGAAAAACGUGUAAGUGACUGA